CCGGCGGCGCUGGCGGACGGUGGCCGGGCGCCCGGGCUCUGACUCCGGCUUGUCCCGAGGCUCGAGGCAGCUGCACCCCUGCCCUCCUGCCUCGCCAGCGUCGGUGACUGCCUCGGGGGCACUUUGAUUCGAGCAGGGCAGCGCCCCUGGGACCGCGUAAGCUUCGCAGGACAACAUAGAAGAACAAAAUGGAAACGAUGCUAUUUUGGUUGAUACUUUUCACCCUUGGGUGGACUCCCAUCGAUGGAUCUGAGAUGGAACGGGAUUUUAUGUGGCACUUGAGAAAAAUACCCCGGCUUGUCAGUGAAAGGACCUUCCAUCUCAGCAGCCCCACCUUUGAAGCGGACGCUAAGAUGGUGUUAAAUCAAGCGUGUGGCAUCGAAUGCCAGAAAGAACUCCCAGCUCCCAACCUUUCUGACCUGGAAGACUCUCUCUCAUAUGAGACUGUCUUUGAGAAUGGCACCCGAACCUUGACCAGAGUGAAAGUUCAAGGUUGGGUCCCCGAGCCACAUGAAAAUCUCACUGCACAGGGAGCACCUGUGAGGAGAAGGAGACAGGUGUAUGGCACUGACAGCAGGUUCAGCAUCUUGGACAAGAGAUUCUUAACCAAUUUCCCUUUCAAUACGGCCGUGAAGCUCUCCACGGGCUGCAGUGGUAUCCUCAUCUCCCCCAACCACGUCCUAACAGCUGCCCAUUGUGUCCACGAUGGAAACGACUACAUCAAAGGCAGCAAAAAGCUAAGGGUAGGGUUGUUGAAGAUGAGAAAUAAAGGUAGUGGCAAGAAACACAGAGGUUCUAGGAGGAGCAGGAGGGAAGCAAGGGGUGGUGAUGGAAGAGAGGGUAGCAGAGAGAGUCUGAAGGAGAGAGCCAAGGCCGGAAGAAGGAGAAAGGAAUCUGCUCGGGGUCAGAGAGCUGCUGACGGGAUGCCCUCCUUCCAGUGGACCCGGGUCAAGAACACCCACAUCCCCAAAGGCUGGGCUAGAGGAGGGAGGGGAGACGCGGCCUUGGAUUAUGACUACGCCCUUCUGGAGCUGAAGCGUGCUCACAAAAAGAAAUACAUGGAGCUGGGAAUCAGUCCCACCAUCAGGAAGCUGCCAGGCGGCAUGAUCCACUUCUCAGGAUUUGAUCACGACAGGGCAGAUCAGUUAGUCUACCGGUUUUGCAGUGUGUCCGAUGAAUCCAAUGAUCUUCUCUAUCAAUACUGCGAUGCCGAGUUGGGCUCCACUGGCUCUGGGGUCUAUCUGCGUCUGAAAGAUCCAGACGAAAAGAGAUGGAAACGCAAAAUCAUUGCGGUGUAUUCCGGCCACCAGUGGGUGGACAUAAACGGUGUUCAGAAGGACUACAACGUGGCCGUGCGCAUCACGCCCCUCAAGUACGCCCAGAUCUGCCUCUGGGUGCACGGGGAUGACGCCAGUUGCACCUACGGCUAACGGAUACCUGAAACGAGGUUGUGGAUGACCUACAUCGCAGAGAAAACUAGUUCUGAUUACUCGAGUAAAGAUCACUUCAUAGGUUUUGCUUGGACUUGAACCCUAUCAAUAGUAUUUCAACAUGUUUAUUUUUUCAAAAUUAGGAGCUUUUCAUACAUUUUAAAAAGGUGUAGGUACACAUCCUACAAUUAGAUGGACACUUCAAUGCCAAGUAUAUAUUCUUCUUUACAUGGUGAUAAAUUUCAUUGGUGGGAAAAUUUUUGUUUCUUUCUGCCUUGUUAAAGAUUAGACACUCUUUAAAAUUUCAAGCUGGUGUCAUAAAUAAUAUGUGAUUUCUCAGUGGACUAACUCUCAGGGUCCUACUCCAAGAAGAGGCUAAGAGGGUGCCGGUUGUGUAUUAAAUGUGAAACUGCAUAUACAGAGGUGGACAGUUACACGACUAGAAUCAAGUUUGAGACAGUUAUAACACAGUUUGUACUACUCUGAGGUAGACCCAUUCAGCUCAUGCCCUCCAUGUUUAUAUUGUGUUUUCCAUUGGGUCUGAGAAACUUUAGGUUUUUUUUCUUUCUUUCUUUCUUUUUUUUUUUUUAAGAAUUACAAUGAACGGCAAGCUUUAUAAACAAAACUAUUAACUGUUUUACUGCUUUAAAAAAAUACCAACUGAAGUGUUAUUAUUUA